AUGCCGUCUACACGCCGUGUGAAAGUGCUGGCCAUAGCCCUCGCAGUCGCCGUCUGCACCAUUCUGUAUCUCUCGAAUGACUCAUCAUCCCAAGACUUCUACAGUCGCACAGUUGCCGCCCUUGACAAGAAGCAAGCGUCGGAUCAAGAAGUAGCUCAAAAAUUACAAGACAUAAAAGAUGCAGCCAAAGCGCAGGAACCAGUCGUCCCCACCACUCCUCAGAAACCCAUUGCCGCGAGCAACGAAGAUGGAAAGCCCAUUGAGGUGAAACCCCCGGCCUAUGCGGAGGAACAGAACAGUGACAAUCCCACCGGGGGAAAAGCCGAUGAUGACGCAAAGAGUGUAGCUGGAAGGAAAACGAUGUUGAAGGGUGGAGAGACCAAAGACCUGCACUCGGGGAAAGAGGCUCCGAUGGCGGUGGACAGAGGAAAAGAGAAGUAUCCGGCGGGAAAGAAGGUAGAGAAAGAAGAAAAGGUGGAGAGCAAAGAGGACCAUGAAGUAGAAAUGGAGUUGAACUCGAUUCUGAAGAAGGGCCCGAUAAUCAUCUUCAGCAAAUCGUACUGUCCCUUCUCCGCCAAAGCUAAACGGAUACUGCUGGAGAAGUAUACUAUCGUCCCUGCUCCCUAUGUCGUCGAGCUUGACACCCAUCCCCUGGGCCCGGGUCUACAAGCUGCACUUGCGAAAAGCACCGGAAGGCGGACGGUACCCAAUGUGCUUGUCAGUGGCAGGAGUAUUGGUGGCGGUGACGAUAUCGAGGCUUUAGACGCUGGAGGAGGUUUGGUUGAGAAAGUGAAGGGAAUGGCAGGCAAAAGAAUUAUGGAGGCUAAGCUCACGGAAGAGCAAUAA